CUCAUAACGACUGCUUUCCAACGCGCGUGUAGCUUGAACCACCGCAAUCGUCGAGCUUGCACGCACGAGUGCAGCAAUACGCACUCCCGGGGCAUGCGAACGUGAUGUAAUCAACUGGUUCUGCCGAAAUGCAAAUGGAGAGAGGCUGAGCGGGCUUGCAUAUGGCCCAAGAGGGCCUGAAGACGUCCUGUCGCUCGCUACAAGCGUCUUGCAGUCCUUUGCUUCCUACCAAUGUGAAAUCCUUUGGGAGAGCGUCGGAGCAUUUGAAUGUGCUCAGUGCUUCUCGGCCCAUCCUGGCGGCUUGGGGCUCGCGGCAGCAGCUGCAGGGGGGCCCGAAUGCCUACUGGGGCAGCCUGAUGUCACGGGCCUGCGGGCUUGGAGAGCCCUUGCACAGAAGGCUGGGUCGGGGAAAUGUGGGCGUUGCAGCGAUUCCCGGACCACGAGCGGACUGCACGCUAUCGCUGGAGCAAACGGAAUACGUGAACGGGGGCUCGCUCCUGAACAGCGGGGGGCCUCCAUCGUGUGCUUCUAUCCGGCUUGGCACCGCGCCAGCGGUGCUGCUGCAUACAGCAUCAUUACCUGCGGAUUCAGCCGAUGCUGGGAGUAGCAUGGUAGCGGGUUCCGGCCAGCGCGAAGCGGCAGGCCACGCGGCAAGUGGGCUUGCGGGGUCGCUCGGACGUCGCCGGCGAGCAACCCACCAGGUACUUGCAGGCUCUAACGGCUGGGCGCCACGCACACCCAGCACCUCAACCAGCUCACCGAUUGAGCUGCUACCUGGCCGGCAUGCGGUGGACGUGGCAGCAGCGCAGGACUCUGCUUGGGGGGCUGGCGUAGUGUACACCCGGGGUGCUGGCUCCUCGCCGGUGGCCACGACGACCGACGGACAGCCAAGUACAGGCAGCAGUACGUCUGGCGCGACAGCUGACACAGUGGCUAGGAGUAACGGUGCGCCUGGCCGCAGCAGCAGCCCUGGGGCUUCGGCCAGCGCAGGCGGGGGCGGAGGCGGAGGCGCCAACUCUAGGGUUGCACCCACUGUGCUGCACCACGCGCUAAGCGCUGGCCCGGCAUCGGCGCCCGCGCGGCGAGGCAUGAACGGAGCUGGCAGCACCACCCGAUCAGGCGGUCAUGAGGCCGCUACUACCACGAAGCCUUUCAAAGCUGCCUCUCCUGCUGCGUCUACCUCGUUCUCAACUCCUUGUCGGCAGCCUGGGCCUCAGCGCCACAGGUCGGGCCCGGGGCGAGGGCAGGAUGCGGAGCAAGGAGAGCUGCAGCGGCGAGACCGGCAGCGGCGAACAGGCCACACCUCAACGACUAGCGCCGGUGCACAGGGUGCGACGGCCAUCCAUACGACAGGGAAGCGCGGCCCUCGGUCACCGCACGCACCGGCGCCGGCGCAGCCUGCCUCGCCAGAGCCACGGCAGCCGCAGCAGGCACAAAGCUCGAGCACCAACGGGAGCGGGUCAAAAGGUUCCACGGCUAGAGGGCGGAGCGGCCGUCACGCGGCGGUCGCCAGCGCGACUGUUGCCGCGGCGGCAGUGGGCACCGGUGCGACGGCCGUGGCAACUGCCUUCCAGCCGGAGGCCCAGUCACCGCAGCGGAGCAGGCAGAGGCGGCUAGGUAGCAGAGAGGAAACGCCAGGGGAAGGCGACGGUGGCGUGGCAGUCCUUGCAGUGCCCGAGGAGGCCUGGGUGGUGGAACGGGCGGGCGAGACGGACGUCACCGCGCAGCCCUCCACUAGUAGCAGCGGCAGCAGCAGCACCGGCAGCGCGGUGCGGCGAAACGGUCGUGCCAUAGCGUCGUACACGGAUGACCUUGACGACGUCACUGUGGCUCUGCCACUGGUUCGCGAGGCAGCGGCGGCGGGAUUGCAAAGCGCCAGCGGGUUCGGCGCCCGGCCGCAGCGCAAGCGCCUGUUGCAGCUCUUCCCUGUGCCGAGGCCGCACCGGCGGAAAAGAGAGGCGCUCGCUCGCGCCGCGCGCGCAGCUGCGUUGGCGGCCGCGACAGCUGCGGCUGCGCGACAGGAAGCGGAUGCGGGUCGGGCGGCUGCGGCUGUGGUGGACAGCCGGGAAUCCCUGAGCGCGGCUCCUAACGGCAGCGGUAGCAUCAAGCGGCGGCGGCGCGGUUUGCACUCCACCGAGGCUGCUGCAGCCGCACCUUCGGCUCUUGACCCGGGGUGCAGCUCCCCGCAGGACCGCUCGCAGGUUCCGGGCUGGUCAGGAGCCGGCAGGGGCCACUCCGGCGAUGGCUGGGCGGACAGCUGGGUGGAUGGGGCGGCAGCAGCGGGGUCAUUCGGCGGUCGGCCCGGCCGCAGGCGGUUCAGCUUCCCGUUCACCGUGUCCCGCACCUCGGACACGCCCAUCCGCACGCUCACGCCCACGCGAUGGCUGGAUCCGUUGCGAGCCGCCACCAGUGGACACAGCUUGUCAGCUGCUACAGCGCAGGCCGCCCGGGUUCCAUCUGCACCACCGGCGGAGGCGGCGGCGCCGUCCGCAGCUGCGGCGCUUGCUCAGCGACCGGCAGGAUCUGACGACGGCACUGCUGCGCCAGCCGUGAGCUGGGAUGUGGCCACACAGGCGGCACCAGCAGCGGCAGUAGCAGAGUCAUCAGCUGGCUCGCUCACGCCGCCGCCGGCGUUGGUAGAGCUGGAGCAGGCGGCGGCUCCCACGGCGCGGCGGCGGCCGUCCACGUCAGCGGCAUCGCUGGCGGCAGUGCCAUUCGAACUGCCAUCGGCGUCCGCGGCCGUACGGCAGCCGUAUGCACUGGCCGUGAAGCCGCCGUACGUGCUGUACGCGGUGGAGUCGCCUGGGCACCGUUACGUCGUGUACAGGUACACCGAUGAGGCUGUGUGGCGCUUUCGGCCCAUGCUGCGCGUGUCCGGCACCGGCACUGGCAGCAAUGGCGAUGGAUAUGUUUCUUCACAGCCGCUGGUGGCUGUGGCAUUGCCCGGCUCGCCAGUGGCAGCCGCAGUGGCCGCGGCCGCCACGACCGCCCCACUCCAGCACCUGGGCCCUCACCUGCACCCGCAGCAGCCCCCACAGCUCAACCGCCACGCCGCACCCGCGGCGCCAGCCGCGGCGCAAGAUGGCAUUGCCGCGUCGGUGCCGCUCACCAGCGGCCAGCAGCAGCAGCAACAACAGCAGCAGCAGGCGGGUGUCGCGCCUCUGUGUGACGGCGCGCUCAGCUUCUUCCUUGCGGAGCAGCCGCCGGCGGACGCGGUGCCGUGUCCGCUCAUGGGCGGCCUCGCGCCAUUGCGGCCCGUGGCGGCUGUUGGGGCGAAGCCGACACCCACACCUGCGGCGCUGAAGACGGCAGCAGCCGGCACGAAGGCAAAUCGUUCGAGCAGCGGCGGCCGAAGCCACGGUAAGACGAAGGCGGCGGCGGCUGUCGAGCAAGUGGCAGCCGGGAGUGCUGUGGUGGCCGCGGAGCCGCCGGCGCAGCAUCUCCUGCGAGAUGAACCGCAGCCGGUGCAGCCGCAGCCGAUGCAGUUGACACGUCCUGGGGACUACCUUGUGCGCUUUGCGCAGCCGCAUAGCCGGGCGCGGCGGCGACAGCCGCAGUUGCCGCCGUCGCAGCUUCAUCAAGCCAAUGCCUCGGCGCCGAUUCCGGGGCCAAACGCUGAGGCGGCGGCAGAUGCCAGCUCUUCUGCUGAUGCUGCAACGGCGCUUGGUGCUGGUGUUGUGGGCACGGGGCUGGCCGCUCCGGAGGCGGUGGCGGUGUUGAAACAGGAGGCGGUGUUGGUGCUGGACGCAAGCAGCUUGCUGGGCUGGCGCGGUCGGGAGUGGGACGCCGCAGCGGCGGCGCUCCGGCGCGUGUGGGACGCAACGCAGCGCGUGCGGCCGGGGCUGCUCGUACUGGCGACCAGCCGGCUCAUGAAGCCCCUGCAGCAGGCCUGGCGCGACAAGCAGGCCUUCGCCCCACAGCCCGACGUGCUGCUCCUGGGCCUAGGCACUGCCAUCGCCUACCGCGUGCCCCGUCCGCCGCCGCCGCUGCCACGCCAACAGCACCAGCAGCCGGAUGGCUGUAGCAGCAGCGGCGGCGGCAGUGGAAGUGUGCCAGCGGUUGGAGGCUGGGCGCUGGACGAGCAGUGGGCGGCGUAUCUCGACCGCUGCUGCGACGCGGCGGCCGUUCGGCGCGCCGUGGAUGCGGCGGUGACCCAGUUCGCAGGCGCACUCGUGCUGCCCCGUCAUGACCAUCAGCAACCACAGCAGCUUACAGGCAGCGCCGCCAGCGCAAGCCGCUCGGCGAGCGCCCCUUGCACGGCCUGCAGCCAGGCUUCUGAUAGCUCCGCAGCCAGCACCAGCGGUGACAGCAGCGGCGGCCGUGACGGCUCACGGGGCCCAGGGCGGCCUGCAGUGUCGUACGGUCUAGAUAAGGCACAGGGCCGGCACAAGGCGAGCCUGGUGGUACACCGCUCGGCGGUGACGGCGCUGGUGGAGGCGGUGCGGCAGCAGCUGCAGGCGGCCAGCGGCCAGGCCGCGGCACGGGCGGCGGAGGCUGCCAUGGCACCGCCGCGGCGAGACGGCGCGCAGCGCCACAACCGCGGCCGUGUCACCGUCAGCGCACGGUCGCCAACGCGCGCCGAUGCAGCAACAACGGCGGCAGCAACGGCAGCAGCAGCAGCGGCGGCGGCGCGGUGCGGGCCGGACGCGGUACAGUUUGUUGUGCAGCGGCGCGGCGGGACGCGCGGCGAGUGGUGCAGCGUGGACGUGAUUCCCGCGGCGGCCGGCAAGGCCGCGGCGCUGUCCCACGUGCUGGGCCGCUUCGGCAUUGCGCCGGCGGCUGUCGUGGCAGCUGGUGACACGGACAGGGACGCCGAGCUUCUGGCGGCGGCGGGCGCAGCUGUCGUCACCUCGCCGCGGCCCUCGCCGGCGCUCCGCGAGUUGUUGCAGCCGCGGCCGUCCGGCGCGCAGAUGCCGGCCGCGACGGGAGUGGGCGGCGGUUCUGCGGGUGCUGAGGCGACCGCUGCAGGCAGCGGCGUGGUGCAAUCUGCUGUGUGUGGGCCAGCGGGAGUGGUCGAGGGGCUGCAGCUGCUGGGGCUGCUGUGAGCGCCGUUUCAGUCUGCUGUCAAAGGUGGUGCGCAGGAUGUGGUAUGCGUGUGUAUGUGAACUGAGGCGUUGCAGGUUAGCGUCUGGCUACUGUAAGGACUGUUGUAGUACUCGCUAGUUUUAAGCAGUUGUCUGUGCACCGUGCCUUGGAGUGUAAAGCAACAGGCAACACAGUAUUGCCGAAAGUUAGGUGCAUAGGGUGAUUUCAGGGGCACUUGCGUGGGCCUGAGUUUAGGUGCACACGUAGACCAUGGAAAUAACAUACAUCUAAAGCCGUGUUGCGUCAGGGCCUCAGCGUAGCCUCCAGAUUGAUAUAGCUGCGGCUAGAUGGCUCGGACAUUUGUGUGCACGAGGGCUGGCGUGCUGGGCGUGCCUGCCAUGCCCGCGCCGGCGAAGGCAGUGGAUGUAGGGCAGGGCCCGACGUGCUAGGGGAGCCAGGGACGGAUAUCCCAGCCCCUGCUUGUGUGUGUGUCUGUUAUUGUGAUGGCGUGUGGCCGCGCGAGUCAGUGGGGCUGUAACAACUCCAUAUG